AUGAGUAAUUUAUUUGAGGAUCCGUACAAUCUGGCAAGGGGGGAAUUGGAGCGAAAUAUUGAGAAAGUAACAAAAUUGUACGAACAAUACAAGGGAAAAGUUACUUUUGUUAAGAAUUACAGCAAAAAAAAGUAUCUAGCUGAUCUUUAUGAUGUAAUAGUAUAUGAAUUGUAUGAGAUAGAAAAGACUAUUAGCAUACUAGAGUCAACCAUAAAGACUGUAAGGGCACAUCCAGAGAAAUUCCGAGAAAUUUCUGAAGAUGAAAUUGAGAGAAGAAUACAAAACAUUGAGGAUUAUAAACAAAUAAUUGGUGAAUAUAAAUUAGAUAUGAAAAAUUUGCAAAAAAGUGCCAUUGAGAAUGAAAUAUAUGCACAAAAUAAAAUGAAUAUGGAGCUAUUAUUUGAAAAUAAGCCAAAAAAUCUUGAUAGUGAAUUUCAAUUCGAACAAGUUGACCCAAACCUUGAACAUCUAGAAAUAAUUUCUAAAAAUACUAAGAAGUUAUAUAACGCAGCUAAUAUUAUAUCACAAGAAUUAUAUGAACAAAAUCACUUAAUACAAGAUCUUGACAACGAUUUAGAUACAGAGAGUAAGUGUAAAAUGCCAUUACAAACCCUCAAUAGAUACAAAGUAAUUAUCAUUUUGCAAAAUAAUGUAUUAAUUUGUCAAUAUAUCACCACUUGUCUCCAUAUAUAG